AUGCUCGGAGCCGGCAGGAUGAAGCUGGAGACCUUUGGGCUCCUGGGGAUGCUGCUGGUGCUCAUGCACACGGCAGCAGCCUGCGAGUUUGGCCCUUCCCCUUACGGCUCCAGCGGGAUCGUCUGCAGGAUGACCAAGCCUGCGGCACUGCUCCUGAACCAGGAGACAGCCCAGGUGGUUCAGACAGCCUUCAGGAACGCCAAGUUCCCCAACAUCACUGGGGAGAGGUCCAUGAGGCUCCUUGGCAAGGUGGCCUACGAGCUGACCAACAUCCAGGUGAAGGAGCUGAGCCUGGAGCAGAGCGAGGUGGAGCUGAGGGAAGCAGAUGCCAUCCACAUUGCCAUCAGGAACGUGACAGCCUCCUUCCAGGGCACCCUGACCUACGGCUACGCCGGCGCCUGGUUCCUGAGGCUGUUCCAUGCAGUGGAUUUUGAGAUCGAGUCCUCCAUCGACCUCCAGAUCAACAUCGACCUGAUGUGCCAGAAGGACCAAGUGGCUGCUGAUGCCUCAGACUGCUACCUGACCUUCCACAAGCUGACUCUGCACCUCCAAGGAGACAAGGAGCCAGGCUGGCUGAAGCAGCUCUUCACAGACUUCAUCUCCUUCACGCUCAAGUUUGUUCUCAGGAGAGAGGUCUGCAGUGAGAUCAAUUCCCUCGCCCAGAUGUUGGCCAACUUCAUCCACGAGCUGGCAGCAAACUUUGUCCAGGACAAGGGCAUUGGAGUAGACAUCUCCCUGGCAUCAGCUCCUUUAAUAACAGCAAGCUACGUGGAGUCCUACCACAAGGGCUUGGUGUGGUACCAGAACCAGUCUGCUGCCUUCGGCGACUCAGGCUUCUCGCCGGCGCUGCUGCCUGCCUCCCGCAUGCUCUACUUCUGGUUCUCCCAGCACGUCCUCAGCUCCCUGGCCUCAGCAGCCUUCCUGGACCAGCGCCUGCAGGGCACCAUCACAGGCCACCAGCUCCAGGCGCUGUUCGGAGCGGCGCAGUCGGAGGCGCAGCGGCAGGCGGUGCAGAAGAUCUUUCAAGGCAGCUCCUACAACGACUCCGUGGCCAGGGUGUGGAGCCUUGCCCAGCCCCGGAUCUCGCUGCAGCCCCAAGGCGCCGUGGUGGAGUCGCUGGUGGCGGCGGAGAUCAGCAUCUUCCCUGCAGGGGAGCAGCCGCGGGUGGUGCUCUACAUGGAGAAGGAGGUCACCGUCACCAUCCGAGCUGCCUACGCAGACAAGAAGCUCCUCCUGCACCCUUCGGAGCCCAGGAUAGAGUUUAGAGUCCUCAGGUGCACAGCUGACCCAAGUGGGAGCGACCCAUCCCUGAGGAGCUUCCUGCAGAGCCUCAUCUCUCAAGCUGGCAUCCCAGAAGUGACUUCCAGGAUUGAAGAAGCUUUGACCUCGCUGAUGAACAGCAAAGGCCUUCACCUGUUUGAGAUCAGGAACCCUGAGAUCAUCACCAGGCAGGGCUAUGUCCUUGUCCAGCUCGACUUCAGCUUCCCCAGGCAUCUGCUGCUGGACUUCCUGCAGGACAAGCUGUAGAGCUGCUGCUGCCCAGCUGCUGCCCACGCCUGGGGGGUCGCUUGCAGAGCCAUUAAACGCUGCCGAGGGGA